CAGACGUCUACAUGUAGUAGCUUCCGAGCGAUGUCAGGUGUUAAUAACAAGCUCUCAAAAGGUCUGCAAGCAACAGGUGUCGGUAUGGUCAUGUGCACACGUCAUGAGUUCACGUUAGCGUUGGGAGUUGGCAACCUGCAGGGUGGUGAACGGUAUGUUCUUAUCUGUUCCUUGUAG